AUGGACCGCCCGUGCCUUUUGCCCCGGACACAAGAAAUGGAGAAGGACAUCACCGCAGCUCGAGCGGUCGGGGAGCUCUUUAAAUCUCCAGACGAUCUCGUCAAAUUGGCACAAAUCCGCAAGCGUUUACAACGAGAACAAGCUGGUAUCGAUGCUAAACUCAAGCAAGGCGCCAAAGAACAGCUGGAUGCCACCAGAGAAGCGAUGUCAAAACUGAGAGAGUCCAAAAACCAAAUCGAAGCCAUCAAAGAGGAGAUGGUCGCCGUCGAAAAGGCCUGUGAGGAUCCUAGGGUGCGUGUGGAAGGUUUCGGAAAAAUCGCGUCGGUCUCAAAGAUUCAUCGGAACUUCGUCGCUACAGCGAAAAUGGUUGAACAGCUGAGAGAUAUGGAUUACAAAAUCGAAAGAAUAGAAAAGCUUUUGGCCAAGGAUCGCGCGUCUCCUUUGGGCGACGCGCCAAACCUGCUAGCCAUCCAUUAUACACUGAGUGAGAUGGAGACGUUCAGGAAUGAAACUGUACUCCAGGCUAAUCGGGAAGGGAAUUCUGAGACUACUCGGACAUUGGCCGGCUACUUCGAGCGUCUUGCUGGCACAAUCGAGGCGUUUGAGUCGCAUUAUGUCCAUCUCGCGAGCAACAUGCUGGAUAUAGUCAGGAAGGGGCAUGCAACCGUAGCCAUAAAAAUUGCCAAAAUCGCAGAGAUUGAAGGCCAGCGCGAUGAACGAGCAAUUGCGAUUCGAUUGGUCAAACGGCAAAACAAAGAUAUUGGCGCGCGGUUUCAGUCGGUACGGGCGGAGGCAAGGGUAAUAAAGCAUUAUCGCGCAAAGGUCAUGGAUGCGAUCAGAACCAGUGCCAAAACUCAAAUUGAAAAGCAGUUCUCCAAGUAUCAAGAUAACCCCGCUGGAUUUUUCGAAGGAGAAAAUUUCGAUUGGUACUAUCAGGAUUUGCUUUUGGUGGAAGAAAUGCUGGUCGAUAAAUUUCCGGCAGAUUGGAAGAUUUACCCUGCGUACAUCAAGGCUUAUCACAAAGCUCUAUAUGAUUUCACGAAAACAUACUCUUCCUCUGGAGACGCCGAGGCCGGCGCCUUGCUCGCCCUCACAACCUUCACCAAAGAAUAUAAAAAAAACAUGACCAAGGAACUAGAGAUCCCGCCUGAAUUGACCGAGCCACCUUUGUUAGAUGACAAUAUCCAGUCACUAGUGGAUGAAUAUCUCAAAUUGAUCAGUAAGAAGAUGGAAGAAUGGACUCAGAACCUCAUGAAAAGCGAAACUCAGCUCUUCCUGGAACGCACCGAGCCACCAGAAGAAGAUGCUGACCAAAUGUACACCAUGCAAGCAUCUGGAAUAAUGUUUCAGAUGGUCAACGCCCAAGUCGACUUUGCGAUUGACAGCGGUCAAGGAGCGGUGCUUUCAAGAGUAGUCGAAGAAUCCGCCAAGGUGAUGAUGGCAACGCAAGCUGAAUGGCUAUCACUGGUUAAAAAGGAGUUUACAAAGCAACAUUCCUCCAAGGCUGACGACAUACAGGGAGGGUUAGUCGAAUAUACAAUCAGUCUUGCAAACGAUCAAGUGAAAUCAGCAGACUUCGUUGAAGGCUUGAUGAAUAAGCUCGAAGGGCUUGUCAGCGAGAAGUACCGCCAGUCUAUCAGCGAUAAUCUUUCAGCAGCUAUGGACGGCUAUCUGGAUGUUGCCAAAAAUUGUGUCCAAGCUCUCAUCGAGGCAGUUUUUAAUGACUUGAAGCCAGCCGUCAAAAUGCUCUUUGGCAACUCGUGGUACGCGGAGGGGGCAGAUGAUCCUAUGGUACUAAUCAUCGAAACCAUCAAAGAUUACGUUGUGGAUUACCAAGCACAUCUGAAUCCAAACCUGUUUGAAUUACUCAUCGAUGACAUGGUGGACUGUUUCUUGAUAGCGUACCUCAAUGGACUUCGCAAAACCUCGAAAAUACGGAUCCCUCAGGCCGUCGAUCGUAUUCGCGCAGAUGUCAGAAUAUCUUACGGGUUUUUUGUGACCUACAAGGCACCUACGGAGCUCAAGGCUUACUUCAAAGUGCUGGAGCAUAUUUUAGGCGUGCUGAGCGCCAGCCGGACCAUGUUUUUCCUUGAUUGGCACUCGUUUGCGAAAGAGUACGGCCCGGCGGUCGUAGGAUUUACUGAAGGACUCUUGAAAGCUCGCGACGAUUUGGACAAGACGGCUGUCAACGAAAUCAUGGAGACGAUCAAGAAGAAAAAGGCCGAACUAGUUGAACCCGAACUACCGACGAUUUUCAGUCGACUGGGAAAAUGA